UCAGACUCUCAUCUUACUCUUCCAAGACAAAACAUCUGAACAAACGAAAACCAAACCAACCAUGGGUCUUUGUCUUACAAAGCUUGAGGUGUCCCUGACUAAAGUGGAUGAGCAACAGUUGAUUGCUGAAAACUUCAUCAAACUUUCUGCAAAUCUCGGCAAAUCUGGAAAAAAUGAAAUAUUCCUCUGGUACAAAUUGGAACAAGUAAGCACCAGUGCAAUCUCGAGGAUCCAGUUCUCCUAUAAUGAUAACAUGGCCCAGGGCCUGAUUGAUGCAGGUUUCAGCAAGAUUGAGAAAAGCCUCAAUGAAGGAGCAAGUGGAGACUCUAUCUACCUGUGGUACUACGUAGGGCCCUGCAGUACCGAGUGUCCCAUAAUGGAGAUUGAUCUUACCACAGGCAUCAAAAGUGAAGUUGCAAAGUGCCUAGCUGGUUGGGAGAAAAUGUCCUGUAAUCUGAACAGUGGAGAAAGCUACAUCCACCUGUGGGGUAAAAGAUUUGCUCAAAUGUACGUCUCUGCCAUCACUGUGACUACCACCUUUGAAGAGCAUGCUGACCUUUUCAAGAAAAAUUAUAACCGUGUGGAUAAAGCCAACAACCAAAACUCAGUCUUCAUCUGGUACCAACUGACCAAUGAUGAGGAGGAUGCCCUCAGAGAUCUGAAAGUCUCCGUCAAUAAAGAUGAGUACCGUUCUUAUCAAGCUCAAGGCUACACUGUAGUGAACAAAGAUCUAAAUGUGGCAAAUGAAGACAACACCAUUAAUCUGUGGUACAAAAAAGACGGCCCAGAAAACCCCAUCAAGACUGUCUUUGUGCUCACCAACAAAGCUGCUGUGGAAGCGUUUAAGGAGAUUGGGGUCAAUGUCAUUGAGAAAAACCUCACUGGAGGAAAGGAAGGUGCCAUUGAGUACUUGUAUUUCACUAACUAAUGAAAAAAUAUUAAGUCAUAAAUUACUUUGGUGAUGGAUGAAAUGAUUUAAUCACUGUGAUUUCAGUAAGAUGUAAUCUUAAGAGUAAUGUCUACAAUGGCUUAUAAAUCUUGGGUGAAUUUCACUGUGUUGUUUUC